AUGACGGACAUUGACAUUGACACUUUUGAAGACCAUGGGAGGCCAGAUGAAACAACAGAUGAGACGUUUCCUCUCAUACCCACUGGAGACCGUACAGGCGUACAAAUACAUACAUCAGGUGAAAAAGAAACAUCAUUCGGAGGUCUCAGUCUGAAUACUAGGGUUUUGAAAGAAAUAGUUGAAGGGCUGUAUGAUAGAUUAACAGAAAAACUUCAGCAAAACCCUGAGGGGCUACAUACCGACCUGUUUGAAAUUAGAGAUGGUGAAUUAUACUACAAGGGCCGUAACGAACCAUUGACGACAAACAAUGAAAGACUAAGGAGUACUGGUACUAUAGCAGAAAUAUUAGGCAAGAAAAGGCUGCGUAAUUUAGGGUUUGAUAUACCUGAGAAUAAUUUGUCUACACGAGAAGCAAUUAAGCUAAACAAAAUACAAGAAGAACUACCUUCAUCGUCUAGAAUAACAAAUGCAACUGACAUUGAGCUGGAUACAAUUAUUGAAAAUAUAAGUGAUAGUACGGAAGAUCUGGUUCACCAAUCAUCAAUCGAUCAUGAAACAACUCGGACUGAUGAUCUAUUUGAAUAUCCUGUGCGUGAAUUGUUAGGAUUGGAUAAAGCAUUGAGAAACAUACGAGGAAGUCUUCAGAGUGAAGUCGCAAAAAAGGUUCAGCUAGAACAGCAUAUUGAUAGAGAGAAAAACAAGUUGGAAGAAAUGGCAAAUGAUACAACAUACACAGAUGAACAGAGAGAGGAAGUUAAGGAUAGAAUGAAAAGAAUAAACGAUGGGUUGAAAACUAGACAGGAAAGUAUCGAUAUUCUCAAGGGUAAAUUAAACAGUCAGGUUACGAGCAUAAGAGAAACCAUUGCUAAAGUCCUCAACAAAGAUACCACAUUGGGUGAAAAGAUACGAACAUUAUUCCGUGAACAAGGUAUCACAAUCGUUAGCAUUCUGACAGCUUUUGGCAUGGCUAUUGGUGUCCUUGUGGAAGCUUUGUUACCUGGAGCUGGAGGGUCAACAAGUCACUCACAAAAUCCUGACAAGGGUGAUGAUAAAAAGGACGGUGCAAAGGAAUGGAUAAAAAACAAGUUGGAGGCGUUGGGGUCUCUCCCGGGAAGGCUGGCGGGUAAAGCCGCUGCAGCUCUACCAGGCAUAUUAGGAUCCAUCGUGUCAUGGAUACUCAAUCGAGCGAAAGAAGUGGUGGGUUGGUUGAGUCAAAACCUGUGGGCUUUGGUAGUUGGAAUCGGAGGUCUGAUAUACACCUAUCUCAUGACAAAGCGUUAAUGCUCUUACAGCUUAUAUGUUACAUGAUACAUGUAACAUAGUUUUUGCUCCCCAUGUUUAUCUUUCAAAAUACCUCACAGCACCACCGACACCGAUCAUACUUAGCGCGAUAAAUGCCAAUUCCCUUUCGUGUUGAUCCUGACUCGGUGUAUAAAAGUCGCUCAAUACAGGCUCCCGUGGUAAAGGUUCAAGUUUAUCUCCAAACACUCUGCUAUAUUCGCACAUUGCAUCGUUUAAUUCUAUGAAUUUGCCUUGAGCUUUCUUUUCAAGUCUGAGCUGCUUAUUGAUAAAGUCUAUUCUCCCUUGUCUUUUUUGUUGCCAUAAAACCUGGGCUUUUUGUAAUUGUUCAACUGCUAAAUCAUGUCGCUUUCUUUCCUUAUCGAUUCUGUCUUUGGAUAAACUUGAAAAGAGAUAGCUUGAUCCUGUGAAAGCUAAAGCGUUAGCUAAAGCACCUCCCAACAUCAUUGCAAUUGAAGCCAUAUUUAGAUAUUGAUAUUUUCAGGUAAAAUCUUUUGCUUAAUUAAGUAUUCUCUUGUUAUUUCACUAGCAGCAACAAUAGCAACUAGUUUUCCAGUAUCUUCCAAAUCAAACUUUUGAAUUGAGGGAGGUGACAUUUUUAACACCUUUUUUCCUAGCAUCGAAUAGCCGAUAGCGAAAACGCAGACGACCGAUGUCCAUGUUAUUAUAUAUUGUGAGAUUAUAUAUUGCAGGAUUAUCCUUUUAUUCCAUUUCAAGUUUAUUUAUUUUCACAGGUAUUUUAAAUUUUUGCGGAGGGGAAGGUACACUAUUUGGCUUGGUAUUUUGGUCUUUCUUUUUAUACACAAAAUAAGCAAAGCCACCAACUAAACUGAGAGCUAUUAUUCCACCUAUGGCGCAGUUCAUAGGCUUUUCAUUUGGUUUGGUGGUAGAAUCUGCCUCUCCACUUUCUUUAAGAGAUGAGUGUGUUUGUGUCUGUGUUAUCGACUGUUGUUUUAAUUUUUCUCGCUUUUUACGGUUGUAUUCCGCCAACCUUUUACCUGCUUCAACCUUUUUAGGGUUCUUCGUUGUCACUUGAAUGGGGGUCUGUUCCUCUGACAUUUUUAUUAUCUGCUAUAUUUAUAUUAUUUGUGUUUAAAUUUCUUCCAUUGAUAUAAUGCCUUCCGGUAAUAAGACCAACACUGAAUGGUGCUAAUAAUGAGCCGAAUUUAUAAUACAAGUCGCAUGUGAAUCUUUGAAGGGUAGAGUUUAAGAAGGGGUCAUUUUCCAGGUCAUUGCUCAAUGCAUCUUGAUUGUUUAUUCCUAAGACUGUACAAGCUCCCAUAGAAUACAUGUGAAUGAUUGCCCUAAGGACUUCACCAUCUGACCUGAUAGUUUAGCUUCAUAGAUACUAAAAAGUUUUUUUACCUCUUCAUCUUUGAGCUUUUGAAUUUGCUCUUCCGUAUACAUUUUCCCUAGGUAUAGCUUGCUAUUUCCAGUUAACACACACUCGAGCAAUUUUUGCUUUUUAUCAUCCUCGGGUGGUGGUGGAAAUUGACCUGGAAUAUCAUGUCCAAUUAAAUUAUCGAUUGCUGUUUCCACCAUUUUUAUUAGGGAGAGGUAUUUUUUAAUACAAAAAUAGCAAAAGCUCAGUAGGAUGCUUAAUAGCAUGAAGUUGACAUAUUCUAUCAUUUUGUUAUAUCUGUUGUAAUUUUCUUAUAUCUUCUUGUAUCUGUGCUGUAAUUUGUUGAAAUUUGCUGUAUAAGAGUUUGCUAUCUUCUUAUGAGCUUGUUGAAAUUUGCUGUAUAGCAGUCUUAUAGCAGUCUUGCAAGAGCCUAUAGUAUUCUUAUAGCUUUGUUACAAGACUCUUGUAACAAAAAACAAAAAAAUGUUUUGUAUCCAGCACAGAAAAAGUCCAUUUUCUUAAUCCAUUCAUAUAACAUACCUUCCGGCUCAAUUAAAAUAACGAAUUUAUCAGUCCAAAACCAUUUUUGUUCUCUGUAUGUUUUAUUCCAUCUUAAUGUUGGACAUAUAAUCACGAUGAAAUCAAAGUGAUCAAAGUAUUCAUUUUCUAAUAAUUUUACAACACGUUUAGAUUUUCCACAACCCGUGGGACCAAUGAAUAAUGCCGUGUGAGGCUCUUUCAUGUAAAGUGUGUUACUUUGUUUCGCCAUUUUACUAAUACAAGAUAGACAUAAAUUCACCGUUUUGAAUGUUUAAUUGGGCGUCCAUGAUUAAAUAUAUAUAAGCGUUUAAGGAGCCUUCAGUUUCGGCGGUCUUUUCAAUUUGUAAAGUGAUUCCUUCACUUGCAUUUUCAAUACGUUGACCGGUCCCAUGCAAAGCAUUUUCAUCUAUGGUUCUGAAAUCUAACCAUAGAGCAUAUUUGUCUGUCAAGUAAUCAGAGACUUUUAUAUCGUGUAAUUGCAAAUGUUUUUGGAUUUCGUUGGCAUUGUCAUCUUUUGGUUUUCCUUCAGCAAAAUACUUGCAAAUUUCAUUGUAAUGUUCAAACGGCUGCAUCCCUUGAUCAAAAAGUUGGUUAGGCUUACCUUCAACAAUGACAGAUACCUUUUUAAUUUCCGGAUUGUAGAAUUUACCGGUAUUUCGUUUGUAGGCUUGUUCGUCUUCAAACAAAACCAAUAUUCCCUUCAAAGAUUUACAAGGGGUAUUGAAGGACCAAUUCCAAGUAGUGUCCGACUUGUUUACUCUAAUUUGUCUAUGUCUCAAAAUUCUAUCGUAUAGUAAAGCCAUGUUUUGGUAUUCAUAUGAAAUAAAUCUGGCCAAGUUGGGUUGUGUCACAAUCUCAUAUUCGAGAGAUAUGUUGGAAAUUUUAUAUUUAGCGUCUGGGGCUACUUUUUGACCUGCGGCAGAUGUUGGGGGAUUGGAAUAAAUAACUCGGUUGUAGUCGUUAAAUGUGAUUUCGUAGCAGAGCCUAUUACCUAAUCCAGCUUGAUAAUAUGGGAUAGUGCUGUCUAACAUUUCAAAAUUGAGCGGAAUGGUAAACUUGUUUUUGUAUGCAUCAGCAAUGGCUUUGUCUGAGACAUCAGAUGUGUCUUUAUCUGAAGCACUGAUCCUCAAUUUCAUACAGUUUUCUGCACACCCUUCAUCAAAGAUGAUACCUUGUCUUAUUGCAUUUCUUUUUUCAGACUUGGUUAACCAUAAAUCUCUGUAGCACCCAAAAAGAUCAAAGUCAUCAAUGCUCAAAAUCUCGCUACCCUCAAACUUAACAGCCAACUUUUUAACAAUCGCUCUUCCAAUAUUAGAGACCAAUGUUCUUUUUGUGUUAGAUUUUGACUCGAGGUCAAUGUCAAAACUUAGUUUCGACGUCCCAGGAAUAAUAACGUCAUCACUACCCAAAUUAGGAAACCUAACCAACAAUAACUGGUUUUGAUCAAUCUCACUUGGAUUGUGUGUUACAAUUACUUUUUGACGUGAUAAAUAUUACAUAUGGACAAUAUAGAUGAAUUGCAUAAUACCAUUUGUGGUGAUAACUGCAAUUAAACUGUCGGACAUUUGGAUUUCACACUGACUGCAGCGAUGAUGGCAUUGUGUACAUCUGCUCAUGGGAAGGGAAAACGUUUUUUCUAUAGGAAAAAACAAAACAAAUCACACCGACUUGUUUACAUCAAUUCCUAACUUUACAGUAAAACAACAGGGCGUACCAAUGGUGAUAACUUGCAUAUUAUGAAAUGACUCUCUGGCACGAAGCGAGACAUAACAGUUACCAUUAAAAGCCUUUCUAUUAUGACAUGAAUCAAUUUGGUGCAACGCGUAAUCACAUGCCACACAAAAGUUGCAGUAAGGUGCACAAUCAUUGCAUGCAAUCGAAGUUGGAUUUUUUCCACAAUUCAUGCAUACAUCUGUGUUAGGGACUUCACGUUCCAUCAUACUCGACAAUAAAGUCUGUCUAGCAUCUGCCCAGUUAGAUUCUGCUCUUGAAAUGCGGAUAUUCCAUGCAUUAUCUUCCGUGGACACAGCUGAUAUUCCCUCUAACAUUUGAUCUAGUACUACAUACAUAUAAAACACUGUCAAAAAAAUGUGCAAUCAGUGUGGAAAGGCAAGUACAAUGCUCUAGCAUUGAGCUACCAUCUGGUUUAGAUGAAUUGGAUUUGAACCAAUAUCCCUUGUACCCAUUCCACUUUUUGUUAGCUUUAUUAAUAUUUUAUAUUAUAUACAUACCUUUGAUACUUGAGUCGUUGCUCUCUCCAUUAUCACCAAAAACUCCAGCACUCGAACUAAUGUCUUCUUCUGAACUUGAUUCUAAAACAAAUCAUGGUUUAAAAAAAAGAUUUAAAAAAUUGACAGAAUAAAUAGUAUAUAUAUACAAAAUAUAAUGUACAAAACAACAGUAACAAUAACAAAUAGUGCUCUUAUCUUCUUUCUGUGUAUAAAUUUUCUAUUCAAUAUAUACUUUAGUGAAUAUAUACUUAUUACCUUGCAACAAAGGAUUAGGUCUCUUAAUACUUGGACCCCCUUUACGUCUGACAGCUUUAUUUUCCACCUUUGCAUUUCCAGCAAUAUACCAACUGUCUUUUUUUUUCCUUUUGGUUGACUUUUUAGAAUAAUUAACAAUGGCACUUUCCAUUGCUUUCUUUGCCUUUUCUAUUUUCUUUACCUCUUUUCUUUCUAUUUCUUUUACCUUUUCUUUUCCCUCAUUUUCUUUAAUCACCCCCAAUAAUAUCUGUUGACUUUGUACAUUUGAAGACAACCCCUUUCCCUUUUCAUGUUUCUUGAGCUUCCCGUCCAUUCCAUCAAUAUAUAUACUUCAAAAUAAAAAUAUAUAUAUAUGUUUUGUUUAACGUGUGAAGUUUGCAGAACCAAAAUGAUCACAAAAACAAACGUUAUAUUUUUGCCACACACAAACGUGAUAUAUACCAAGAUCCUCCCGGGAAAAUCCACAAGGAUUUCAUACAGGGCAAAUCAAAAAAGACUAUUCACCCCAAUGUUCAAACAGCUUUGCAAAUUGAAGUGUAUCCACUCAAUAUAAAAUUACACUUUGGUGUAAAUAUAUCCCCUGAUCAGGGUGUUAGCUAGCUAUAUAACCAGGAUUCUCAUACUGCCUGGUCAUAAAUUAAUCAUUGUCAUGAAUGUAGAAUUAGAAAAAUAGAGAAAAGUAACGUUGCACAGUGACCAGAUGUGCAACAACAGUGUGCCACUUAUGUAUAUAAAUGAACUAGCAAAGUGCUGGGAAUCCCCCAGGAUUUCUACAAGUCUAUAAAUACAUAGUAUAUAUAUAUAUAGCUAUAUAUAGCUAUAUAUAUAUAAUUUUAUAAAUGUGGAAUUUGGGGGAUUCCUCAAUUGUGUGUUAUCUCUGACUUCACUCAAUUUUAUGCCUUAACAAUAAAAGCUAGCAUAGCCAGCUAGCUAAUUACCGGGUAAGUCGGGUAACUUUGAUAGGGAGGGUAACUUUGAUAAUGACUUUCCUAGAUAGAUAGAUAGAUAGAUAGAUAGAUACAUGAAUAAACAAACCCGUUGAACUAGGCAUUAAAGACUGACUUUUCUCCGACCCUAAUUAGAAAUAAAAUUGUAUAAUUAAUAUUUUGAAUUACAUCAUGCAUAAUUAUAUGUUUUCGCGCGGGAAAAGAUAGUGAAGAGUGUUUGUGCUUUCGGAACGUUUUUCGAAACAGUGUUUAUUAUAAUUUAUCAUCCAAUAUCGAUCACGCAUUGAGAUCAUUGGAUUUUAACGACGUUUUUAUUUAUUAUACUUAUUUAUUUUAUAUAUUUUAUACUUCUUAUACAUUAAUUGAAUCACGUUCUCUCUUCGUCGUUGUGGGAACUAACUUAUCGACUACUAUCAUUCACGAUAUGGAAACUGAUGAAACAAGUGGAAAAGUCGAUUUAAAAGAACAGAAGAAA